CAACGUCCAGCGACCGAGAGAGGCGGCCGGAGGAAGUGAAGCAAAUUCCAAAGUGACCCCGAAGUGACCGUCUCUCCCUCCCCAAAGCAGGUGCAGAGAAUGGAGAGGACUGUUUUGCAGAUGUUGCUGGCGAUGCAUCUGAUGUGGAUCUUCUCAGGAGACAUCCAGGUCUCUGGCUUCCCCAUCCACCGGCGUGACCUCUUCCCCGCCAAAGAGUCCCCUCUGGACCUGGCAUCCACUUCCUUCGAUGACCAAUACAAAGGUUGUGGGGAGCAGAUGGAGGCCGAGCUGGAGGCCCUCAACCGAACUGAGUUUGCUGCCAACCGGUUGUAUGCCGAGGCCUGGACGGAGGCAGCUUCCAGGUGGACAGAGCGGCGAAUGUCCACCCCAAACCUGCCCCAAGGACUGAGACCAGAGUAUGCCAUGGCGGUCAUGGCCUACACAGCACAAGGACGUUUCCACCGGGACUUCAACGCAGCCGUCAGGGAGGCCGGCCGGACUAGGGAAGCCUAUCUCCAGGGCUUCCACUUCAAGACCUUCCAUUUCCUCUUGACCAGAGCCCUACAGGCCUUGGGGGUCACAUCCCAGCCCCGUUGCCAGAAGGUCUACCGUGGGGUCCGCAAUGUCCGCUUUGUCUCUGAGCGGCUCCGUCCGGUGCGCUUUGGCCACUUUGCUUCCUCUUCGCUCAAGAACGAGAGCGCCAAGCAGUUCGGGACGGACACCUUCUUCACCAUCCAGACCUGCUUCGGGGUCAACGUCCAGAACUUCUCUUUCUUCCCCGGAGAAGAGGAGGUCCUCAUCCCGCCCUUUGAGAAGUUCAAGGUGGCCAACUUCACCAAGACCCCCGAGACCACCUUCAUCCACCUGCUCUCCCUUGAAGACCACAGUCUCCACAACUGCGUCUUCGUCAAAGAGAAAAGGUGCAAAACGCAAAGGUGCAACUUCAGUUCAGGUGCCGGCCUCAGCCACCUCUCUGCACAUGCCCAGGCGCCCUUCCUUCUCUGGGGAGCCCUAUUCCUUGUGGCCAUCCUCUUCGAGUCCCCAGGACUCCUCUGACCGCCAACCUGGGGCCUGUUUUGCUCCUGGAAAAAGCAAAACAACACAAAACUAAGACAAUAUAAUCAUAUUAUAAGUAUUUCUCUUGCAUUAGAUUCAGGAUCUGGUGCCGGUUGUCACUGCGGGUGGGCUCACAAUGCAGCAUGAAUGCAUUUUAACCACCAUGGCUCUAUGCUACAGGAUUGUGGGAGCUGUAGUUUUAUGUGGCCUUUCACCUGCUCUGCAAAGAGUGUAUCUUCAUUAUAGCAUGAACGUGGUUUGACUUCAUAUUUACUGCCAUGGUGCAAAUGUCAGAAGAAAUUCAAUGUGCAGAUUUGACAAAUAUGAAUGUAAUAUGAUGUGUGGGAAUGAA